CAAGAUAAAUCUAUUGAACGUUGUUAUCCUCAACGACUUCGACAGCAUCAAGAAGUUCUGCAAUACAAAGGAACUCCUAUGGCGUUCAUCCACUUUCGUUGGUUAUCGCGACUGCUACAAAGGUGUGGGUUCCCUGAAUGGGGAAGCUUGGUCAGCAAACAGGAAAUUCUGUUUGAGCAUGCUGCGGGACUUGGGCUUUGCAAAAACUGCUAUGGAGGACCGUAUGAUGGAAGAGUUCGGCCGCGUUGCUGACAGCAUUGGUGAGACUGGUGGAAGGCCGCUUGACGUGAGCAACUACGUGAUGCCGUGCGCCUUCAACAACAUCGUGUCGUUCUUCUAUGGCCGUCAGUUGACGCACGACGAUCCAACUCGCCGCGAGCUCCACCGGGUGAUGAAGAGAGUGAGCCUCGCGAUGUACUCGGGGCCUUUUCACCAAUUUCUACCAUGGAAGCUGCGCAAGCUGCUCUCAUACCUUCCUUUUACCAGAAACCACCGCAUCGCGGAAUCCUUGGCGCAACUAGAAGCCGUUUCAGAGAAGCAAGUUGGAGAAGCCCAGGAGGCGAACCUUGGAGACGAAUGCAAAGACUUUAUUCGUGGAUAUAUGAAGAAGAUAGAAGAAAGCGCAGGGGAAUCAAAUGCUUUAUUUACUGCAAAGCUGCAGAUUAAGCCGCAUGAGUGCAGGCUGCUUCAGCAACAGGUGGAUGUCCACAACAAAGUGCUGCCUGCAUUUUAA